AAUAAAUAAAUCGUUGAGGAAGGGAGAGAGAGAGUGUAGCUGUGUGAGAGGGGCGACACUGAUGAACGACGAUGACGAAAAAGAAGAAGCUGGAAUUGGUGCUCCUUGCUUGUAUAUCUAUAUCUAUAUGCUUGGCCUCUUCUUCCUCACCACCAACUGUCGAUUCCAAAUCGGACGGCCUCGGAGAAUGGCAACUCCUCACCAAGCUCAACUUCUCUUCUCAGAUCAGACUCCAUCCCCAUAUCCUCCUCUUCGUCACUCUCCCCUGGUCUGGCGAGUCUCGAUCACUUAAGAGAGAAGUAUCAAGUAUGGUUACUAACAGACAAGAAUGGUUUAACUCCCUAAAGUUGAUGUUUAUGUAUAGAAAUACAGAAAAGAUGCUAGCAGAUGCUAUUGGUGCCAUGGCUGAUGAAAUAACUAUUUUAUACUAUCACAAUUCAGUAUCUUACAAGUAUCGAGGAAGGCUUCGAGCACAGAACAUAUUAUUUUCAAUUUACCAAUUUGUAUCAGUUUUUCCUGGAGAGAUUCCUCUGAAAUCCCUAAGUAAUCCAGUGGAAUUGAAGACUUUCCUUGAUUCAACUGACAAAGCAUUACUUCUCCUUGAAUUUUGUGGAUGGACUCCUAAGUUGCUGGCCAAGGGGAGGAAGAAUGUUACCGAAAAUGGUUUUGGUGGACAAGGACUUAUUCUUGAAACGGAUUUCAGAGGAGAGACAAACAGAAGACUGACACCUAUGGGAAAGAAUAUACAGAAGGAGAUGGAAAAUGCAAACAUGAUGUGCAGCGUAGAUGAUGACAUUAGCAGAGUUCCUUGGCUUGUGAACUUAAGUUCAGUGAAUGGAAGUGCUCCUUUCAAGGAUUAUAAUACUAUGCCUGGUGUCUUAUCAUCGUGUACUUCUGAAGGAUAUCAGCAAUUUGAGUCUUUUUUCUUGAAGUUCAUGACAGUUGCAAAAGACUUCUUUUUACCAUCAGAAAGGUAUAGAUAUGGUCUGGUCUCAGAAAGAUCUAUGCUUUCAACUCUUGGCAUUGGAGAAUCUGGUUCGUGGUUAGCAGUGCUUAACCAUGCUGGUUGUCCAAGUUGUGUGAAGAUUAUAGAGAAAGAGGAUGACCUUAGUGAUGUUUUACAUAAGGAUGCUGCUAUCGUUUCAGAGCUGGAAGGUGAUGGCCGUGCGUUGGAGCCUGUUUUACCUGCUAAUGGACCAUCUAUACUCUUAUUUGUAGAUCGUUCAUGUAAUUCACUGGAAACUAGGAGCAAAAGUAAGGAUGCUCUUGAUGCUUUCCGAGAUCUAGCUUUUCACAUACAUGAUUCAUACCAGUUAGGUGGACAAAACGGUGACAAGCCUGAGAAUUUAUUCCAAUAUCAUCAGGCAACUCGGAGUACAUUUGGACCUCCUAGAUUAAAAUUAUCCCGAACAGCUCAGUUGAUGAAGUUAAGGGAGAAAAUGUCCACUAUCAUGAUUGUAAAUGAAGGAAAACCUGUCGCUUUGGAUAAUGAGAAUUCAGAUCUCCAGGGAAAUUCCUUGCGUGAGAUAUUGGCACGCCUUCUUCAGCCAAAAAAGGAAAGUAAGUUAAGCUCACUUGCAAAAGAGUUGGGUUUCCAGCUUUUAUCACAUGUUAUUGACAUAAAGCAGGUAAAUACAAAGCCAUCAAUUACAGAAACUGAGAAUAACCCAGCUUCACCAAUAAAGGAAACGGAAGAUCUUGUAUCAAGUUAUGUUGAUUCAGACAACGAUCAAUCACCCCAUAGCACAAGUAUUGCUGACAAGGAGCUUCCGGUAACUUCUGAAGUCACUGAUGCUCAACACAACUCUCAGUAUGAUGAAGAGAAAAAAACAUAUUUGGAAACUAAUGAACAGUUAUCUGUAGAAUCUGAGAAACUCAUCCCAGAUCAUAAACUUGAUGUCGAUGGAGGUGUAAACAUUGCAGACACCAGUUCUUUACAAGUAGACAACUCAGAGCGCCAACAGCUUAAAUUUCCAGGCUUCAAAGGAUCUUUUUUCUUUUCUGAUGGUAAUUUUAGGUUACUUCGCGCUUUGACUGGUGGAUCUAAGAUUCCAAGCUUAGUAAUUGUUGAUCCUUCUAUAGAACAGCAUUAUGUCUUCCCAGAGGAGAAUGAUUUAAACUAUUCUUCAAUGGCUGAUUUUCUCACUAGGUUUCUCAAUGGAAGUCUUCUUCCAUACAGACAAUCUGAAUCUGUUCUUCAUAGCCCAAGGGAAGCCAUGCAGCCACCAUUUGUCAAUAUGGAUUUCCAUGAGGUGGAUUCUAUACCUCGAGUUACAAGUAAUACUUUUUCUGAGCUGGUUCGUGGAUGUAAUCAAUCUGACUCUGAUGCUUGGAAUAAGGAUGUGUUGGUCCUUUUUAGCAAUAAAUGGUGUGGCUUUUGCCAGAGAAUGGAAUUGAUUGUUCGUGAAGUAUAUCGUGCUAUGAGAGGUUAUAUCAAUACAAUGAAGAGAGGGUCUAGGACUGGGAAAGCAAUGCUCCAUGGUGAUAGCUUGAAGGAUGUGGAGCUGAAGUUUCCAUUAAUCUACUUGUUGGAUUGCACACAAAAUGAUUGUAGUUUGAUACUAAGAUCAUUAAAUCAGAUGGAAGCUUAUCCUGCUCUGAUGCUAUUUCCAGCUGAAAAGAAGAAUGCUAUCCCUUAUGAAGGGCACAUGGGAGUUGCUGAUGUUAUCAAGUUUAUUGCUGAUCAUGGAAGUAACUCUCACCAUCUUAUCUAUGAGAAAGGAAUCUUAUGGUAUCCUAAAAUGAACCCAAGAAAUCAAAAUUUUGCUGGGAAGGCAUCAUCAACCAACAUCAAUCUUGAUACUGCUGCUUCAAAUGACGGAUUCUAUAAAGUUCUACUGGGAAACCAGGAACAAGAAAGUGUGGCCGAACACAGUAAGCUCAAGUCUGACACAUCAAAAGGCUCACAUGGAGUAGCUUCACAAGUGGUUGUUGGUUCCAUCCUAAUUGCUGCCGAUAAACUUGAUAACACAGAGCCAUUUGGUAAAUCAAAAAUCCUGAUUGUCAAGGUCGAUCAAAGUAUCGGAUUCCAAGGUCUGAUUAUCAACAAGCACAUAAGUUGGGAUGCUUUAAGUGACCUGGAAGAUGGGCUGCAGAUGUUAACAGAGGCACAUCUGUGCUUUGGGGGACCACUCAUAGUGCGAGGCAUGCCUCUGGUUACUUUAACUCGCGCUGCUGUGGAAGAUGAACAUCCUGAAGUGUUACCGGGCGUGUACUAUCUCGAUCAAUUAGCAACGUAUAAUAAAAUUGGAGAUAUUAAAUCUGGGAAUCAAUCUAUCACUGACUACUGGUUUUUCUUGGGGUACUCGAGCUGGGAUUGGGAUCAGCUUUUUAAUGAGAUUGGUGAAGGAUCAUGGGACAUAAGUGAUGAUAGGAUGACACAUUUUCAUUGGCCUUAGUGAGCUUCUUUUUCGAGUUAGUAGAUCUAGUCUCAGAAAGGAACUAGGUUUUGCAAGAUGAAGAAAAUAUCCCAAGAAUUGAUAGAGAUAAUAGGUCUGACUCGGUAUGCAUAACCAUUUUGUACGCUUGUAAUGUAUGCAAUGCCACAAAGUUCGAAGUGUCAACUAUGAAGAAUUUUCUGAUAAAUGAGAACCAUCAUGAAGGAGAUCCUAUCAAUAUUGAUGUUAAUAAGGAGAUGUAUACCUUUCUCUA